UGCGGAAGAUCGUCGCCAUGGUGCGGCUCAGUCGGGGCUACAAGACGCCACAAGGACGGCGCCUACAGCACCAACGAAAAGCUGCUCAUGAUCGCCAUAGCCAAUAUUGAUCUGCUGCCCACGCUCAAAGAGCUGGACCGGAUCCUGCCACCGCCGCAGCUGAGGCGCCUGGUUGCACGAUAUCUGCAGCGGAUGAACCCAGAUUCGGUAAAGCAGCCCAAGAGGUCCACCGCUGCACUGACCAAAAGGACGAAGGCCACCAAGAAAUACGCCAGAAAUCCGUACAGCCAGCGCUUGUGGCGGCCCGUGUCCAAUCCCACGUGCUACGCCCCCAAGGUAGAGCCCAAGCUUGUGGUAAAUUUUCCCUUUUGGGCGCGGGGUUGUCCGCCCGACUACGGAAAAUCGCGCGAUCCCCUCUGGUUUUCCGUCUACAAGCUCGAUCCGGGAAAGCGUGUAGUGAAGCGCACCCUGGACGAGACCAUCGAGAAGUACUUCCAGCUGAUGGAGCUGUCAAGCCAGGUGGACACCAAUGAAGAGUCGAAACUGGCCUACGAGAAGGCCAAGCAGCAGCCGAUGUUCAAGGAGCCCGUCCUCUGCACGUACCACCAGGCGAUGCUCGAACAGGCACAGCAGCUCAAGGAUGAGCUCACCGUAAAGGCGCGGGACCGUUGCCUGGAUAUGGCGGACCCCAGGCUUCCGAACAGCAGGGUGCGGAGGAGGCGCAUCAUCGACCAGCUGGAGUACGACAUCGAAGCGUCCUUGGAGCGGUACUACCAGGCCAUGCGCACCGAUCAGCUGAAAGUGCUGGCCCUCAAAGACGACAGCUGUGUGGUGUGCCAGGAGGCGCUCGUGAAGAUAGCCUGGCCCAAGCCUGGCCAGAAGGCGGGAAGGGCUCUGGUGGGAGAGCACUGCCCCAUGGCGCACACGGCCACCACUGAGGCAUUCGCGGGAAGGCGGUUGAGCGGCGGUGGACUUAACAGCGAUCCCCCAGAGACGGAGGAGGUGUCCUUCAGGUUGGCCGGCGGUGGCCUGCACAUGGACAAAAUCGACUUCAACCUGGAGCCGGUGCCGAAGACCCCAAUCGAGGUGGACGAUUGCGAGGGCCACUCGGAGGCACCCAAGUCGCACAUCACCUUUCUCUUGGAUGGGAAAAAGAUCAAGCACAUGGCCCUGCCCCGGGCCAAGCCAGGUAGCCCUCUGGCUGCACACCAGGAAGAGCUUCUUCCGGGCACCUGGCGACCACUUGCCGUACAAUUUUCGGUACCAUCGAGUGCUGCAGUCGGGCCAACCAAAGCCCUACGACCUGGCGAAAAUCAUCACAAAGUCGAUUGUAAAGGCACUCGAGAAAUCGCAGAGGAAAUGACUGGCGAAACCGGCCCACUCGUACAACCCUUCAAAAAGCUGCUGCCAGAGCUGAAAGAUGAGGAGCCGAACGGACAGCAGUAUCCAGCCUCGAAAGAUUCUACUUUUCCCUCAUCUGAAACCACAGAAUCCUUGGAGGAAUCGAGCGAUCACAGCACCCGCAGUCACGUGGAUCACAAGGCGGAAAUCGUGGAUGCUGUGGUGCGCUGUGCCAAGGCCAUCUGGACAAAAAAGGCGGCCAUCAAGAGGGCCGAAAUGGAUCGCAAUGAACGGGUGAACUCCAAACACUCCCUCAGACCCGAGGUGCUGCACUGCGACAUGGAGCACUUUAAUCCUGAUGAUGACGAGCUCAUGGAUCGCAUGCUGGCCGACGGCAUGAGAGAGCUGAAGAAGAGCCACCGCUUUGUGCUGGCCACCCUGCCGGACUAUCACAAGAUUCCCGUGCUCCGGCAGUGGAUCAAGCGGCGCUACGGCAAGGUCUACUCGUGGCGCGAGCUGCAGGACAACCUCAACGAAUCGUUGGAGGUCUUCGAGAAGGUCACGAGGCUGCAGAGCCAUCCUCCCAGGCCGGACAAAAUGGGCUUAACCACUAUGCCCGAAUCUAGGCAGAACUAUGCUUACCACAAACAGACCAUGGCAGAGGCGGAUCGAGUAAGGAACGCGUACUUCACGCGGCUGAAUAAUGCGUACUUGGAGCAGAUGACCGCCUGCUGGUAUGCCAUGGGGAAAAACAAAUAAAUCUUUAUUCACCGGCUCG